GAAACCAGGAAGCAAGGACCAGCUGAUCCCUCUCCACAGAAUGAGCCAGUUUCUGCUGCCAUGGGAAACUCAGCCAUGACAUUCAUCUGUCUUUCACAGGUAACGCUGGCAGAAUGGCCCGCUGUUGUGUCCCUGCUGCGGGUUAGUGCAUGGGAAAGCCCGGGCGGUGGUGGCGGAGGGGCACAACGUGACCUGACAACAAGGAACCUCCGGGAAAACCGUCAAUCCUAAACUAUGCACCGAGGAGAGAGAGGAUGAGGCUCCGUCAAGGGGGUAUAAGAACAAUGGGCGAGCAUUAGGUUCAGCGAGUGGGUUGAAGUCACGGGCGCUGCGGCCAUCGCGAACCUCCCGCUGGCUCUGGAGGACACCCCGUGACUGGGAGGCGGAGAAGGGACCCCCGAUGACGUCAGUGGGCCUGUCUGUUUCCUGCAAUAGAAAGUGAGGGAGAAGGUGAAGAGAGAAAUCCGGAGCUGAAGCACAUCUUUCGUCGUUUUAAAGAUGUAUGCAGACGAGCACGCCGCAUGUCGCAAGUCCUCCGACAGUAGCGCCCAGUUUUCCCAGGAUGCACUUGUGAACUGAGGAGGAAAGAUGCCGCGUACCAAGCAGAACAACCCCAAGAAUCUAAAAGAUAAAAUCCAAGAGGCCCAGAAAGAGCUGAAAGAACCCACAAGCUCAAGGAAAGGUUUAGCUGAAAGCAGUGGACAAAUUGAAGAUAGCAUCAAAGGCUUGAAAAGAAAAAAGCUUGUUGCCGAGAACAAGCAAAAGAAAAUCCCCAAGUCUCCAGUCAAGAAACCACUGCAGUUAAAAACUCCCCAAAGUGUGGAAGGAGAACCCCCCGAGGAAACGACACCUUGCUCCCCGGCUCCUGACAGUCCUUCUCGUAAUCCUCCCAAAUCAUUGAAUGGGAAAAGGGAGUCACAGGAUGCUCAGCCGAGCGAACCAUCCCCUGACAAAGGGGAACCUGUCACUGACCAUGAAAGGCUGAAGCAAGAGGACCCCAAGUCAACGUCACACAGCCCAACCCACGACGAUGAGGAGGCUUCUGUAAAAGUGGAGAGCAACGCCUGCAGCUUUGAGAAAGAUCCCUACCACACCAGCGCUCCGCUUGAUGUGCUCCUGAAGGCGAUGGAGCCUGACAUGCUGACACUUACAGAGAGGAAAGGGACCUUCCAAGUCACAGCCACUGCAAAAGCAACGUCUACUCUUCAAGCCUCGGCUGAAUUAUCAAACAUGCCAGCUGUUAAUAUCGGUGGUCUCCAUCCGCAAUCGUCUCCUAUGCAGACAUAUUAUAUUGACAAACAGGGUAAUUUUAUUGGCAUUGCAGCACCGGUACAGGAAAAUGUCCAGGCAACACAGGGUGACCCUUUGCAAUCGUUAUCGUUUGCAAAUCAACAUUUUAUUCCCGUCGUAUCUAAUCCGGAAAAGCCGAGGCUUCACAUGAGUUUUAAUACCGGAUUGUCGACGAUAACUCACGCGCCGGCUCCCUCGGGCUCAAAUGCUUUGCCAAAAAGCCAACCCCCAAUCGUGCAUACCUGCCAGUCACUCUCGGCAAGUGUCCCCAGCACCAUUCAGGUUCCAGUUACACCUGGAAACAACCACGUUCAGAUUACAACGGUCAUGAACUUUGGGUCCGAGCAGGUUUCCAAGGACCAAAAGCCGAAGAAGCCGGGGAAAUAUGUUUGUGAAUACUGCAACCGGGCGUGUGCAAAACCCAGCGUGCUCCUCAAACAUAUCAGGUCUCACACAGGAGAAAGACCAUACCCCUGUGUCACUUGUGGCUUUUCCUUCAAAACCAAGAGCAACUUGUAUAAGCACAAGAAAUCCCAUGCUCACGCCAUAAAACUUGGUCUCAUCGCACGCUCGGAAUCAGGAGGCGCAUUGCUGUCGCAAGAUUCUGACAAAGCCCUCGGAACGCACUCGGAGGUGGAGGAGAGCGGCGACAGCGACGACGACGGAAGUACCGUCGAUCUGGAUCCGGAUUCGUCGCAAAGCAGCGCGGCGGCCUUGUCGGAAAACAGCCUCCAGAGUUCUGGUGCGAACCACGGAGAAAUGGACUCAACUGCCGACAAAUCAGCUCAAAGAGGUCACGAACCCAAAGUGACAGCUGUGCUCCCAAAAGUUGUCGUGUACCCCGUAAACGUUUCGCCUCUGAGGGCAGAUAGUCCACGAGUUACCGGCGCAGCACCCGAACAAGCGGCUUCGCAACGGCAACGAGAUUUCUCAAACGUUAAUCUGAGAUCGAAUAUCACGGUCUUGUCAUCUCUAAAAGAAGUCGUUAGUACGAGUCCCUCGCUGGACACUGUGAGCGAAGACGAAGACCAACGCUGCAAGUCUCCACUUUUAAGCGGACACGCUGAACUCCAAAGGCAACAAGCGACCGACUUUUCCCAACAGCAACAAGCCAAGUGUCUACUCAGCCCCCGUAGUUUGGGAAGUACCGAUUCCGGCUACUUCUCCCGCUCGGAAAGCGCUGACCAGGCGAUGAGUCCACCGAGUCCGUUUGUCAAGAUCACGCCACCUAGUGAAAUUGACCUACUUAAAAAGGAUAGUCCUCAUGUCCCCCCGGUUGUUGCGACAAUAAUGCAUGUGGCAGUGGAGCAGAAGUCCCAAGCAAAAGAGGGACAGAUGCGACCCCCGUUAGAAACCAAAACCCUUUCUCUUGAAGAACGAAUCUCAAAGCUGAUAUCUGAUAAUGAGGCGGUGGUAGACAACAAGCAACUGGACAGUGUUAAACCAAGACGGACGUCUCUGUCGAGGAGAGGUAGCAUCGACUCUCCCAAAUCCUACAUCUUUAAAGAUUCCUUUCAGUUUGACCUGAAACCAAUCGGAAGAAGGUCCAGUUCCAGUUCAGACAUCCCCAAGUCGCCGUUCACUCCCACCGACAAAUCCAAGCCGGUUUUUCUUCUCUCCGUACCUUCUCCAUACUCCCCGAUGGAUUGUUUGCCGAUAACGAGGAGUAACUCGAUGCCGACGACGCCGGGUCACUCCGCUCUUCCGCUCAAUAUCGCCCACCUGCCCCACAAUUUACGAAUUUGUCAUUCAUUUGAGGAAAAAAGUUCAAUUCAUGACGAUGUCUUUUCGUCCGCACCGUCGACUCCCAAUCCGGCGAUACAUUCUCGGACUUUGGUCCGACAAGCUGCAGUGGAGGAUUUUUCCACCGGCGACGGGCACCGACUUCCCAGCGUUCGCUCCAUGGAUGACGGAUAUCACGGUGCGAAUAACAGCACGGAAAUGAUGCAAAGAAGUCGAUCUUUUGAGCACAGUCAGGAAAGACAACGAAAACUUCAGCAAAAUAAAGGCACCAUGUACGAGUGCGAAACGUGUCGAAACCGUUACAGAAAGCUGGAGAAUUUUGAAACGCACAAGAAAUUUUACUGCUCCGAACUUCACGGGCCAAAGAACAAGCCUCCCGUUGUGAAAGAAACAGAUCAAGAUGUCUUUCAUAGCAACAUGCAAACAAAUUUAGUUUCUAGGCCAACAAUCGGCCCCGGAUUAGUCGAACAACAGACGUCGUUCCGAAAGAGAAGGAAAAUGAAAAGUGUGGGAGAUGAAGAUGAUCAGUCGCCGACCGACACAAAUCCACCUUGCUCCGUUAGUUUCGAUUCAGGUCGGUUACUGGCGACCUUUGGAAAUCCCACAUUCCCCCAGCACGCCGUCAUGGUUGACAUCCAACCCAAAAACAACCAACCGAAGCUACCUCAAAUUCAACUCGUAGCACGGGGUACGGGCGCUUCCGAUUCGAGACUCUCGCCCAUUCGAGAGACUCAGAGCAGCACCACGGCGAAAACAGAAAUGCAGAGGCAAGGCAGCGGCACUUCAGUCAUCAGACACACCAACUCUCUGAGUAGACCGAGUUCAUUUGAAACCGACUCUAUAGAUCGGAGUUCUCCGUUGGACAGUAGAGAAAAAGACGUUCUGAAAUCCAAAGCAGAUGUAACGGCAACUGAUCUCGAAAAGUUACCAAGCAAAACCAUCGAAGCCGAUUCGAGGAAUCAAAGGACCGAGAGUACCGCGGCAGUACCGGGAGAAAAUUCGACUCCAGCUCAACAGUGUCGUCUGGUACGUCAAAACAACAUCCAGGUUCCGGAGAUUUUGGUCACCGAAGAGCCCGACAGAGAACACGAAACGCAACCUUCGGAGCAGACGGAAAAGCCGACGGAUCAAUUCAGCUGGCCGCAAAGAAGCGAGAGUUUGUCCAAGCUACCGGCGGAGAAACUUCCACCGAAAAAGAAAAGAAUCCGUCUCGCUCAAAUGGAGCACUCGUCAGGCGAAUCGAGUUUCGAGUCCAGCCUCUCGCGAAGCCUGAGCCGAGACAGUACUCUCUCGCACUGUUCCAGCAUAUCAACCUCUUUUGACAGAGAAGAACCGUCAAGAUCAGAGAGUCCUUCAGGAGCCGAGUGCGUCAGCAGAAUUGCCGAGCCGCAAGGUCAGCCCAAAGUCUUCAGCACGCUCGGUGUACCGGGAGUGAUGCGGCGUGCGGCGUCCGAGCAGAUCACUUGUACUCAACCCUCAGUGGAAAUUUCAUGUGACUACCGUAGCAAGUCUUUUGACUGUGGCAAUUCCUCUCCCAGAAGAGGUCAGUCACCAGUCGGUCACCCCAAAAGUGGACCAAUCAGCCAAGGUGCCCAGGUCCCACUUAUUGAAAGGAGGCGUGGGCCAUUAGUUCGCCAAAUGUCUCUAAAGAUCUGCCCGGAUAAUCAACAGUCUGUUCGAAAAGCUGUCAUCAAUCUCGACAAAACUCCAAUCGCAAACUCUCUAAACCAAAACAGAUCCCAAAUUCAACUUGUCAACCGAUAUACUGCGGCCCAGCCUUUCGUCAUCCAUCCUGGAGAAUUACCCCUGCAAGGAAAUGAACAAAUGGUCCAAAGUAUACAUCUGGGCUGCCCGACACAGCAGCCCCAAGUCCAUGGCCUUCCUCAUCCUUGGCACCAAACAUCUAGAGUUCAAGUAUGCCAAAAGCUACAGCAACCCCUGAGCCAGAUUUUAAUCGGAAGUAAGAAUGCCCUAAACAAGGAAGACAGUCAAAGCCUUGUGCCUAAAUACCAAAUGCAGUAUCCUACUCAAAGGCCAAGUCAAACAUUUUCCUUCUCCAACGCACAAGAAUCGUUACCGGUUUUAGCAAUGCCUCUUCCCAAUCCCAUUUUAAGCGUUUCAAAAUCUUCACACGUCUAUCCCAAUCAGGCCGGUCUUUAUUCGGACUUUGAGAAAAAAUCCGUCGACGCCGCUCAAAGCCAAGCCGGCGCUAUCCCGUUACCGCAGAUCCUGAUAACCCACGAGCAGAUGCACACCGCUCGCUCCGGCUCCAGUAAGAGCAACCUUCCGGUCGUAGAUGCUGAAACUCACGCGGCACCGAUCAUAAAGAAAGAUCGGACUCCAAUCAGUAGUCUCCAAAGUAAAACGGUCGAAAGGCCGUCAUCUCUUGGUUCUUUACAUUGCACACAGAAAUUGGCAUCGGUGACUCUAUGCCCGCAACAGGAACCCAUCGCCUCCAGUAAAAGAAUGCUAUCACCGGCUAACAGUUUGGACAUCUACAUGGAAAAACAUCAAAAACGUGCCAAGGACGAAAACGGCGCCGUCUGCCUCACCGACGGCAGGUCGGUCAAUUAUCUGAAUUCCACUCUAUCCGAAGUGACCAGACAACGGAAGCUGACGCUGGUUCGGCAGGUUUGCACAACCGAGCCGGCGGAUAGUCCCAUCGAGACCGAGGCUCCUCCUUUGCCUUCCGUUAAAACCGACACAGAGAAGGAUCUCGAUGACGUGAAGCCGAUGUCACCCGACAGUACCGGUCUGGAAAAAAACACGGUUAUUCCCGAAGAGGCUCACCCUGUCCUGGUUCCCAGUCUGCCUGGUCGCCAGGUUGCCUUGAUGCCAAGCAGUCACUCCCAGAAGCCUCAAAAAGUGGAAGAACUUCGGUGGAAUCCCAUCAAAUCGCCCAUAAGACCAGCGAGUUUCCACGGCGGCCAAGUGAAACUGGCCACAUCUGUUUCUGUGGUUAACACCAAAGACAGCCACCGUCUGUCUUUCCCCAGCCUGAAGACAACCACCACUUUCACAUGGUGCUUCUUGAUGAAGAGGAAACAACUUCACACUUUGCAGACCGACCUGAAAACAUCAGCAUAUGCCGCUUGGGCAGUCAACCCAAACAAUCCCAACCCACUCAGGUUGCCCACCAAGGUGCUCAUGUCUCUCCUGGACUCCAAACAGAGCUCCAAGAAAAUCCACUACACCUCGGCUAUAAAAACAUCUGGAAAAUCGGAUAUCUUGUCUUACUCCGGCAAGCUGAAAGAUGUCAUGCCACGGGUACCGGUGACUCAGAAGAGCAGAUCCGUUGAAACCAGAAGUAAAACGGAAGCGCAUUCCAGCAAUGAGUCAGACAAAGAACCGACAUCAAAAACCGAACCGAGACGGAUCAAAAUCUUUGACGGCGGAUACAAAUCCAACGAAGAGUACGUGUACGUCCGUGGGCGAGGGCGCGGGAAAUACAUCUGUGAGGAAUGCGGCAUCCGUUGUAAGAAGCCCAGCAUGUUGCGCAAACACAUCCGCACCCACUCUGAUGUUCGGCCGUAUCACUGCACCCACUGCAACUUCUCCUUCAAGACCAAAGGAAAUCUCACCAAGCAUAUGAAGUCCAAGGCGCAUAGUAAGAAAUGCAUGGAGAUGGGCGUGCCCGUUGGACUCAGUGAAGAUCAAGAUGCAGAGGAUUCAGGCGACCGCAGUCAAGUGAGCAGCGUCGACCGGCAAGAUUCCGACGGCGACGACUCCGACGGCCCCGACGAGGAAGAGAAUGAAGACGAGGAAGAGGAGGACAGCCAAGCGGAAUCCGGCCUGUCCACCAACCCUUCCGUGUCCACCAGCCCGCAACAUAUCCCGUCCAAAGAGAGCGAGGUCCCUCCCAGUGCCCUCCUGGCUCAGAUGUCAAUCAGCUCCCUUGCUCCAGAAUCCCUCACCUCAGACUCUGUCCUCAUCAUGAACCCUUUGCCGCUGAGUAAGCAGUACUCAAUCUCGGGGUAUUGCCCGAGCUCCACGCCGCUUUGUAGCUUUCUGCCGCCUGUCGUCACCAGCGCCGAGUCCAAUUGCUCCGACACUGAGUCGGUGCAUAUGAUGAGCCCGGUGUCACCGUGCAGGCAGAUGUCCAUCGACUACCCUGACGUUGAUGUUCCCCUAACCCCCCCAGUGACAGGGACGGGAUUUAGACCGUGCCAGGAACUGUCUUCUGCUACACAUCCUUUGGUAAAAACCGAGAGUGGCAUGCCAGUGGACCGAAGCACGCAGACGUCAACUUCACAAAGUCCGACGCACGCUCCCCUACAAGCCCCGAGACUGGAGACACCGACCCACCUAUUCAGUCACCUGCCUCUGCACUCCCAGCAACCUUUUCGCUCCCCUUACAGUAUGGUUCCUGUCGGAGGGAUCCAACUGGUGCCUGCCGGACUGGCGGCUUAUUCCACCUUUGUGCCAAUUCAGGCCGGUCCCGUUCAGCUCACCAUCCCGGCCGUGAGCGUCAUCCACAGAAACACGAGUCCGUCGACGGCCCCUAAUUCUUCCCCCCGACCGGACGGCUUGCAGCCCCAGCCGCUUGUGAUCCAGGAACCGAUCGGCAACAUGGUACCCUGCUUCCCCAUCCGACAAGUGACUGACUUGCAGUGUCAGUCGGUUGGUUUGGAGACACUCAGCCUAAUGGGCCUAACCAACACGGGGCUAGCGUCCAGCCAAAUGCUUCCCCAGCAAGGGGUCGCCUUGCAGGUUCUGGCUGCAAGUCCCACCUCCCAAAGCAGCACCAGCACCCAGACGCACAUACCGGGCCUCCAGAUCGUUAACAUCGCCCUGCCGGCCAUCAUUCCCACCCUAAGCCCGCUGCCAUCCCGUAGUCCUCUACCUUGGUCGUCGGACAGGCAAGGGAGCCCCGACGCGCUCGGAACACAAUCAUCUCAAAGCCCCUCCUCGGCUCGCACCGCCACUCCCCAACCUGGUUCUUUCUCAGUCCGCUCCUCUCCAGAACUGAAUUCGGGCAACGCUGCAGAGCUCACACAGACUUCAAAGAAAUCCUCACAGCAGCAUGCAGCCCCGCAAAGUCCAGCACACGGACUUGUGGGUGUGGCGACCCCCAAGCACGGCGAUGAUGAUGCACCUAAGAAAGGGACACUGGUGUCCAGCAGGCAGAAGAUCAUUGAUGAUGAGGUUUCCAGUGAUGAUGAAGACAGACUGGUUAUCGCCACCUGAAAACAAGCCCAAGCUCACCUUUGUGGAUUUUGUAUGUAAUUGUAGUCACUUUAAGACUGAAAAAAAACUUCUUCAGGGGUUUGUUUCUGUGCAAAUCACCUUUCAAAGCACAGACGCUGACAUUCACAUUGUACGUGCAAUCUUAUGGCAAUUAGAAUGAUGACCAAUGGUUUUAUUUUUUAAUUUUGUCAGCUCCGGAAAAAAUGUUUUUGUACAUGUUGUAUAGACGAUUGUGCCUUUAUGGAGUUUCUUGUUUAGGAACGUGUACAUAAUUCCAUAUAAAUUCACUAGUUGCUUGUGUUUAUGUAAAUAUACUAUAUACCAAGUUAGAAGUUGCAUAACAAUGGAGGAUAUCACUUCGUUUUUUUUUUUUUUAAGAUCAUUUCUCAUUCGUAAAUUUAUUGAAUUAUAAUUGUCGUACUGGUAUAUGUACAUUUCUAUGGCUUACGGGGCAAUGUUUAUGUGUACAAAUGUUGUGUUCAACUAUUUAUUCAAAUUCAUCUAGUGCCCAUUCUGACUUUUUGGUCCAUUGGUAUGUGCAUUAUGGUUGCUUUACUUUGCUGUAUCGAUAUUCUGAACUGUAUAAGUAAAGAUUUGUUUACAAACACUCAAA